AGGCCAAAAUAACAUCAAUUGUCCUGUGUCAAUUGUCGUUGCCAUCAGUUUUCUGUUUUCUUUUUAGUUUGAGUUUCGUGUAAGGAGGAAUAAUUCUUUGUAAAAAUGAAGAUCGGACUCUGCGCCUACAGUGGGUAUAAAAUUUACCCAGGCCAUGGAAAAACUAUGGUUAAAGUUGAUGGAAAGACAUUCACCUUCCUCAACUCAAAAUGUGAACGGGCUCACCUUCUUAAGAGGAAUCCUCGUAAAGUAACUUGGACUGUCUUGUACAGACGUAAGCACAGGAAGGGCCAGGAAGAAGAGGCCACAAAAAAGCGAACUAGGAGAACUCAAAAAUUCCAGCGAGCUAUUGUAGGAGCAUCUCUGAAUGACAUCAUGGCCAAGAGGAAUCAGAGGCCCGAAGUGAGGAAAGCACAAAGGGAACAAGCUAUCCGUGCUGCAAAGGAACAGAAGAAAGGCACUAAACCAACCACCAAAAAACCAGCAGCCCCAGCAAAAACUAAGGCAGCACCUAAACAGAAAGCCAACAAGAAUGUAAUGAAAGCUGCACCUAGAGUAGGAGGAAAACGUUAAAUUGUUUUUUGAACUUGUGAAAAUAAAAAGUUUAAAAAGCU